CACCGGUGCGCGUGAUGGCUCUCGGCCCGACGGACUCGCCCCCGUCGCCCUGGUCGUGCAUCCUUUGGGCCGGGGAGCGCGGCGCUCGCGUCACGCAGUUGCGCAACCGAGUCAUCGCCAAAGAUUCAGGGGCUGGUGGACCGACAGAUGACGAUGAAGCGUCUCGAACUUGUGUCAAAAGCUUGAGCGAAUGCUACUUCGCGGGGAAAGGCGCGGCAUUGGUCUUGCCGCCGAACGAACGAGCCCGGCCAUCCCGUCGCGUCUCGGCUGCAGGAUGCGAUAUUCAGCAGCAUCUCCAGUCGAUGUUUUAUCUGCUGAGACCCGAGGAGACCCUGAAAAUGGCUGUGAAGCUAGAGUCGGUCCACCCAGGCAGAACGCGCUACCUCGUGGUGGUCUCGUGCACGGGACGACAGGACGCCGAGGAGAGCUGCCUCCUGGGCAUAGACUGCAACGAUCGCGCUACUGUCGGACUCGUCCUGCGGGUCUUGGCCGACACCGCCAUUACUCUAGACGGCGAUGGAGGCUUCAGUGUCAGCGUUUGCGGUUGUCAGCACAUCUUUAAGCCGGUUUCUGUCCAAGCUAUGUGGUCGGCCCUGCAGACGCUCCACAAGGUUUCCAGCAAGGCGCGCGAGCAGAAUUACUUCCUCGGCGGAUUGUCGCACGACUGGGUCAGCUACUAUGAGCAGAGAAUCGAAAGCGAUCGCUCGUGCCUCAACGAGUGGCACGCGAUGGAUAAUCUUGAGUCCCGGAGGCCUCCAUCACCGGACAGCGUGCGAAACAAGCCCAGGGAGAGAGACGAAACUGAGCGAGUAAUACGGGCAACUCUUAAAGAGAUUAUGAUGUCCGUCGAUCUUGACGAGGUCACGUCCAAGUACAUCAGGGGACGACUCGAAGAGGACCUCGACAUGGAUUUGGUCGAAUUCAAGCCGUUCAUCGACCAAGAGAUGCUCAUUAUUCUGGGACAGAUGGACGCACCGACUGAGAUAUUUGAUCAUGUGUACCUCGGUAGCGAGUGGAAUGCCAGCAAUUUGGAAGAAUUACAAAAAAACGGAGUGCGGCACAUAUUGAAUGUGACCCGCGAGAUCGACAACUUCUUCCCGGGCAUGUUCAACUACCUGAAUGUGCGGGUAUACGAUGACGAGAAGACGGACCUUCUCAAGCACUGGGACGACACCUUCAAGUACAUAACCAAAGCUAAGAAAGAGGGCUCGAAGGUCCUGGUGCACUGCAAGAUGGGCGUCUCGCGCUCGGCUUCGGUCGUCAUUGCUUACGCCAUGAAGGCCUACAACUGGGACUUCUCCCAGGCCCUCAGGCACGUGAAAAACAAGCGCAACUGCAUCAAACCGAACAACAGCUUCCUGCUGCAACUGGAGACGUACCAGGGCAUACUCGACGCCAUGAAGAACAAGGAGAAACUGCAGAGGUCUAAAUCGGACACGAAUCUCAAGUCGCCGACGAUGACGGCCAAGGACCGGACGAAGGAGGAGAAGCAGGAGAGGGAGGACGGGAACGGCUGCGGUCUCGUCGAGCAGUCGGGCCUCGAGCUCAAGAAGAGUGGCCAGAGGCCCAAGAGCUGGUCGCCCAACGUCGAGAUUACCGAGGACGUACUUCCUACCGUUCCGCUGUCGCAGUCAUUGGAGAGCAUCGACAAGUCGGCGAAUCCGGAAGUGACGCGCGAGGAUCUCCUGCGCGGCUCAAAUCCAAAAGGCUGCAGUAACGGGGGCUGCCCGGUGGGCCAACAAGAGUCCCGAAACGUUCUGAUGCCCUGCGACAAUGGCCAAUCUUACAGCGUCUCCCAGAAUCAGAUCGUCCAUUUGCCGGGACCGGAGAGCACGGGGACACAGAUCUGCGCAUCGGCCACCUGCAAGCACAGGCCCGAGAGCCAGGGCCAGAAGCGCAAGGGGCUCGUCCUUAACCUCACGAACCAAUUUGAAGCAGCUAGUAGCAAGCCUUCGUCCCCGAGCUCCUCUGACGGCGAAGGCAGCAAGUCCGCUCAUCAUCCUCAUCAUCAUCCUCAGCAGUAUCCUCAGCAGCAACAGCAGCAGCAGCAGCAGCAGCAGCAGCAAGAGCAACAACAACAACAACAACAACAACAGCCGCAACAACAGCAGCCCGAUAGCAGCACCAUCCUGGAGAACGGCUGCUGCGCGCACGAGGCCGUACCUGCAGAGCUCGCCGAUGGUGUUCUCCAAGGCAGUCCUGAAAGGAAUGGUGAAUGUCUAGUCUGGACCGCAUCCACGAAGGUUAAGUGCAUCCACGCAAGCGACGUCAAGAGGCGCGAAAGCCUCGAUCUAAGUGCCGAUGUCGAAACGACGACGUCAUCGACGACCGCGGUGACGAGCCACUCGGGUCGUAAACCAAAUAGGGAUGGCGACCCCUUCAGCGCGCAGCUCGAUAGAGUCUUCGACAGGGAGGAGAGGCGGGAGCUCCAACCCGUGGUCAGGGAGUCACCGAGUAGGCAGAGCUCCUGGAGCAGCUACGACAGCGCCGUCAUCAUGGAUAACAACUCGGUGCACAGUUCCUGGGCCACGUUACCAUCGCGCAAUAGUUCCUGGGGCUCCUACGACAUGAGGCCCGUCGACUCCUUGGGCUCGAGAGAGAUACCUUGGCACCCGGGCACUGUUAAACGCACGAAGCAGAAGCUCGAGGAGAGCUCGACGACCGGCAUAUCGAAGAGAGUAUGCACGCAGACGUCCGAGUCAGCUGUCGAGGAGAAAACGUCGUCGGAGAGACUUUCGACUUCGGAGCCCGAGGUUGACAACCCCACGGAAGCGUACAACCCGCUCCUCGGACAACACUACGCGACCUCGCCGAUGCCAAGGCGCAGGGAUCCCUCUCCGGCUGCCCCCAUCGACAUCUCGGCCUUCUCCUCGCGGCAGCUCGCAACCUCGAGCCGACUGUCGACGAGCGCCCCCGCGCCCUCCUCCCUCGCCGGGGAUGGGGAGCUCGUGCCUCUGGCGCUGCGCAGCUGCAAGUCCGAGAGCGAAACCUCGAGUCCCUGCGUCGUCAAGACGCCCCAGUGUCCCUCGGUAAAGCAUCACAAGAUGGUCCUCGAGAGCCUCUGCAACAAACCCGCGGCCAGUAGGAACGACUCGCCCGAGUCCGAGAGCCCUCUCCGCGGCACCUCCGGCAUCGUCAAGAAUCUCAAAAAGGAAUUCGAGGCCAAGUCGUCGAGCAGGCCCGAGUCGGAAAGCGGCCAGGAGAGCGGCCCCGGAGCAGCUUCGCCACAGGGCUCGCGCCGCAAGCGAGACGCCAAGAUCAGGAGCCUGCCGUCCUCGCCGGUAAUAGCGCACAACGACUCGAAGAUCCAGGCCUCGACGAGUAUGUGCGAGGCGCCGCGCGACUCACGUAGCUGGUCCUUCGCCAAGCGGAGCAGCGAGUCGGGUGCCAACGCCACCCCGGAGCAGCCCAACGACAGCCUCGAGGACCUCUCGGUGAAGGUGCUCGUCGGCAAGUACGAGGUCGCCAAGCCCGAGGCCAGGCGCAAUCCGGAGCUGCAGUUCCGGCUGGGGCACCAGCAGCCCAUCCACAGGGACCGAUCUGAGCACUCGGUGGAGCACCCGCCGGCGAGAUCGAGGAUCGCCCCGGAGCUCGCGAGGCGCUCCGCUCCCCUGAUAAUCGGCCAGCAUGGCUGCGGCUCCCUCUUCGACUCAUCGGCGACGGCGGAGGCGCCGGGACGGCCGCCUUCCGUGCCCUCGCCCAGUCAACUAGUGGCGAGCGUCGUUGCCAAAGCUGCGAGCAAGAAGCAACAGCAGCAGCAACAGCAGCAGCAGCAGCAGCAGCAACAACAACAGCAGCAACAGCAGCAGCAGCAGCAACAACACGGGAGAACGCAUCCGCUGGCGAGGCUGCAGGUCAGACCGAGGCACAACAGUCCCGUGUACAAUACAAUGUGAGCGGGUCCGAGGACGCACCGGCCGCUUUCGUUUCGAGUAGUGAUAUCUCACGUUAAUGUAAUUAUCAGCGCGCAUUCAAGAGGUUGCGGAUUCGUCGGACGAAUGAUAAAUUGUGUGAUCUCCUCUAAAAUGGACAUAAGACUAAGUUAUUUUCACGCCCGUAAUUAUUAGAUUAUUGUGAGAGGGCCCCGAUGUCCUGUGGCCAUUUUCAUUGAUUCGGAGCUCAGGUCCACCGCCUUCCCUAUCUACCCGAAUUCUCGAUUACUUUAAACAAUUUUCCACGAUUGCAUAAUUCCUCUCAACGUUUUAAUGUUAAAAAUGCAAA